GCACUACGGCGAUCUCCUGUCUAUACCUGAGGACCAAGAAUAGACGUCUGAUUGCAUUUACGACUAAACCUUUCUUUUAUAUUAGCCUACAUAUUAAUAGUAAUAAUUUAUUCUCUUUUAAAUAGUCAUUUAAAGUAGGCUACAUUCAAUGGAGUACCAAAAGGCGGCAGAAUUGAACGGUUUUAGCAAUGGCAAAAUUGUCACAGAGUAUCUCUGCCGUAAUGGCUUUAGCGAGCUGACAGUCGAUACGAAAAAAGUCGCUGUCCAGCACAAAAACGAGACAUCCCGGAAAGAGGCGGAGGAUGAGUCGCGAUUACCUGCUCUGGAGGCGGCGUACACAACCAUACUGAGAGGUCUGGGAGAGAACACUGACCGGCAGGGUCUCCUUAAAACCCCACUCCGUGCAGCUAAGGCCAUGCAGUUCCUGACCAAAGGCUACCACGAGACCAUCUAUGAUAUACUUAAUGAUGCCAUCUUUGAUGAGGACCACGAGGAGCUAGUUAUUGUGAAAGAUAUUGACAUGUUUUCACUUUGUGAACAUCAUCUAGUACCUUUUUUUGGCAAGGUUCACAUAGGAUAUCUGCCAAGUAAAAAGGUUGUUGGACUCAGUAAGCUUGCAAGGAUUGUUGAAAUCUACAGUCGCAGACUUCAAGUCCAAGAGCGCCUGACAAAGCAAAUAGCAAUGGCAAUCUCUGAGGCCUUGCAGCCUGUGGGUGUGGCAGUCGUCAUUGAGGCAGCUCACAUGUGCAUGGUCAUGCGUGGAGUGCAGAAGAUGAACAGCCGUACUGUGACCAGUACCAUGCUGGGUGUAUUCAGAGAGGACCCGAAGGCCCGAGAGGAGUUCCUCGCCCUGACAAAAAGUGCCAAGUGAUCACACUUACCUGCGCCAACUCCGUGUGUUUACAGUCAAAAAGGUCAAUGAUUAUUCUCUACGUUUGAAACCCUCCAUGGUGCUAAGAGAAUCUCACUGAGCCAGAGCGUUAGAUCUGUCCACCAGCUACUGAGACACAGCUGUAUCACCAACAGCUGAAACUCACCGUUUGCAAAUAUUGAAAUAUAAAAUGUGAAUAUUGAAGGAUCAGUGUUCCUACAUGAAGUACUUCUUUUGAGAAAAGACCUGCCAUUGAAUCAUUCACACGGCUGCCUUAAAACUGAUAGAAUUAUUAUGUACGAGUCAUUUCUAUUAUCUUACUGAUUAACAAUUACUAAAUUAACAUAUUGCCUCAGAUACUUGUCUAACCUCAUUAAUUGUUUUUUGUUUUUUUUUGCAAAAUGAAGAUACUAGAACUAAUUUGUAUAUAACUUUAAAAAAAAACACAUUGGUCACAUUUUUGUCAUGUACUCUGAUUAGAUAAUAUUCAAAGAGUCAUAAGCCAACCUGAUUUAUUGUUAUAGAAGUCAAUGAAAGGUUCUAUGUGAUGUAUCUGGGGAAUCAUUUGUAUGUGGUUAGAAGUAACCAAUAUUGACAUUGGAAUAUUGCCAUUUUUUACAUAAUAUAUUUGUCUGAAUUGUAUAAAACAAAACAGAUGUCAACUAUGCCAACUAAAACAUUAAAGCACCAUUAUGAAAUGCA